AUGAUGUCCAGGUUCAAUCUCUCGCUGCGUGUAGCGGCUUUAAUUCUUUCUUUUGGUGCCGCUGUCACAAAUGCACAAGACAGCGCAAGCCUAUCCUCUGCCACAAACCCAUCGACGGUUAGCCCCAGCCAACCGAGCACAACAGACGCGAGCGUGGGCGCCUCUACAACCACCUCAGCACCGAUCGUCUCCGUCACACCGGCUCCCAGCGAUCCGCCCACAACAAACACAACUGUUCCAUUGGACAACUCUGCCGCUCUUGGCGUCAGGCAGACCAUCCUCUGCAUCGUACCCACCGGAGACCAAUGGGCCGGCACGGAGCUCCCGACACUAGAGCGAGACGGCUACGGUAACUAUGCCGGUAUCGUCACACUCAAGGAGCUCGCAUACGAAUACAACGAGCCCGGACGGACAGGUUGGCUCAGUGCCUUGACCGAUGCUCAGUGGACUGCGCUAUAUGAUUACCAGGUCAAAUAUGGCGUUCGAAUGGCACGCCUCGAUGUCUUCCCCACACCUCAGUUCGGCGUCAAUGUCAGGGCCCCGGGCGGCUCUUCUGCCACAGGACAACUCUGGUCAUUCACCGAUCUGGCAGGAUACGAGAGCUCAGGGAUCAAGCAAGGUGGGACGGUCGCCAUGGACGGUCUCUUCUUCUACGGUGCCGACAUUACUGAUCCGGCGACAACCCGCCAAAUUGCCAAAUUGCACUCAGGGCCAGCAUUUACGAGCGAUGCCACGGCUGCUGUCAUCAAUGCCUUCCCCCACGCCAAUGGCACACGAGAACAGAUGGUCUUCUUCACCAGCUUUGCGGCAGGGUGGAGCCAGGCCUCUAAUUUCAUCCAGCAUUCGUGGAUCACCUGGAUGACCCGUGGCCUCUACCUCGGGCAAAGACGAGCGUACUUGGGAACACACAUUGACGACGUUCUCUUGAGUACUGGAAUAUUUGGCACCACGCGAGAGUUCCGACUACGCGUGGCUGAUGUUGAAGCCCAUGCAGCAUGGACCAGGGACAUUAAUUCGCGCAUGCCUGCGGGAUCCGACUAUCUGAUCGAAAUGGCGUACAAUGGUAACGGCAACAUUGAAGAGGCCGUGCAGGGCUCCUUUGGAACGGACAUUUGUGUCCCGGAAAGUAACGUCCUUACCAAGGAAAAGCCCAUUCUGGUUGACCAGGAAUUCAAGAAGCCUCUUGGCACCGGAGAGGAUGCCUGGCCACCCGAGCAGACUAAUUAUACCUGGUCUGAGCAGUGCGAGGAUCUUGACCCUCUGGCCACUUACUUCACUUCCCACCGUGACGAGUUCUAUCACGUCAGCCACACGUUCACACACUUGGCUCUCUCAAACGCCACUUUCUCCGAUGUCGACAAGGAAAUCCGCUUUAAUCAAAUCUGGUUCCAAAACACGGGCUUCACCGGACACCCCAAGUUCUCUCCUGCCUCUCUCGUACCCCCUCAAAUCACAGGCCUGCACAACGGCGACGCCAUCCGCGCCUUUUUAGGUAACGGCAUCACAUACGUCGUCGGCGACAACACCAGACCCGCCCUCCUGAACACAGAGCGCCCCUUCUGGACACUUACAACAACAGCCGAGCGCAACGGCGAGGCCGGGCUCGAGAUCAUCCCCCGCUUCGCGACAAACAUCUACUUCAACUGCGACGACGCCGCCUCCAACACAGCACUGUGGCAGACCGCCCUGGGCCAGACUUCGGGUUUCGACGGUAUCAUGGCCAUUGAGCGCAUGGCGGCCGCGCGGAACCUGCUCGCGCUGCGCCACGACCCGUACAUGUUCCACCAGGCCAACAUGCACGCCGUCGACACGGGCGUCGUGCGCACCGCCGCCCGCGAGUACAACAACCUCUCGCUGCUGCAGAUCUGGGUCGAGGAGCUGGUCGACGAGAUGACGAGGCUCGUCAGCUGGCCCAUCCGCACGCUGAAGCACGAUGAUUUGGGCCGGGCGUUUGUCGCGAGGCGGCAGAGGGAUCAGUGCCAGCCCUCGCUGAGGAUGGAUUACUCGGCGGAUGGGAACAGCCUGGUCGGGGCGACGGUCUCGGCCGCGGACGCAAACUGCCAGGUUGAGAUCCCGGUCACCUUCCCUGGCCCGGUGAGGGAUACGAAGGGCGCCAGGUCUGAACAGCUCGGGAGUGACCCGUUGACCCUUUGGGUCAGGCCUGGCGGUGCUAGCGUGUCGUUUGAGUUGACUACUCCGGUGGCGGUCAGGUGA